AUGCAGGAGCCCGGAGCGGACGAGGCGGCCCCCAGGCCCUCCGACUUUGCCGCCUUUGCCGGCAGCUGCACCCUGCACGGUCUGGCUCACGUCUUCCUGCCGGGCCCCUUCACCCCCCGCCGGGCGGCCUGGGCGGGCGCCAUCCUGCUGGCGCUGGGCAUCUUCCUGUACCAGGUGGGCGAGCGGGUGCAAUACUACAAGGAGUACCACCACGUCACCAUGCUGGACGAGGAGGCCGGUCGGCUGCUGCUCUUCCCGGCCGUCACCCUCUGCAACUUCAACCGCGUCCGCCGCUCCCGCCUGACGCGCAACGACCUGCACUGGGUGGGCCAGGAGCUGCUGGGCGUGGAGGCCCCGGCCUUCCCCGAGUACCUGAGGGCCCUGGGGAGGUCGGACGAGGGGGGGCUCGGCUUCUACCCCACCCCCCGCUUCGACAUGAAGGAGUUUGUGGAGCGCACGGCCCACAGCCUGGAGGAGAUGCUGCUGGACUGCCGCUUCGGGACCCGGGAGUGCGGGCCCCACAACUUCACCGCCGUGAGUCCCCUCACCUGGGCCUGCUCCUCCCCAACCCCCCCCCACCCCAAUUUGGGCACCCUCAGAACCCCCGCCCCCAGCUUCAUAGCUCCUAAUGGCAGCCACACUGGGGUCCAGCUGGAUGCCCUUUGGGAGUCCCUUAUGCGAUUCUGCGUCUGUCAGAGAUUCUUUACCUGUGAUGGCUGCCUUGCACAGGGUUGGACUAGAUGACCCUCGGGGUCCUUCCAGCUCCACAGCUCCAUGAGUCUAUGUCAGAGACUGGGAGAAGAAUGAGAGCAGGCCUCUUAAGAGGGGAAGUGAAAUGCCCAGGGGGCUCCGUCUGGAUGGCAGCCGCUAUUUGGGGUCCAUUUCUGUGGGGUGUCAGCAGAGGGCAGGGGGAUCACUUGGGGAGGCCUGGGGGGGGACGACUAAUGAAGCCACUUAGCCGGAGAUCCCCCCACCUCUGGGUGAAAAGUUGAGCAUCACCCCCUCUUCUCUCAGGGAGGAUAUCUCAGUCUCUAAUGCACACCAGAGGUUUGCGUCUAGGGCCGGGCAUUGGGGGUGGGGGGCUUGCCCAGAGGCGGGGGGCCAGGCCUUGCCUGGGGAGACCCCUGAGAUGCCCCCUCCCGCUUCUCACCCCCCUCUGGUCAUCUUUCCCUCCUCCUGGCAAGCUCCUCUCCAGCUGCUGCCUCUUCCUCCUCCUGCUUCUCCUUCUGCCCCCCUCCUGCCCCCCCCAGCCCAGCCUGGUCCCCAAGGCCACUCCUGUUACUCUGCGCUGAGCUGCAUCAGGCCAACGUCUCCUGCGAGAGGCUGGAGCAGCGUCAGCGCAACCCGAGACGGACGAUGGCGUGGAGGAUGGAGGGGGGACAGUGCGCUUUGGGUCAGCGGGGGCCAGAGGGGAGGCUGUCAUGCCGCAGAAACGGCCCUGCACAAGAUUUGGGAAGGCCCCGCUCCAGGACCUUGGCAGGGGGCUGGGGGUGGAAGGAGUCCCUGGGGCCGUCCAGCCCCUCCUGGGUCAUCGAUUUCCUCCCCACUGCUUCCUCUGGACUUCCAUGUGCAGGUCAGCCUCCUGUUCUCAGUAUGGCCAAAGGGAAAGCAGCAAGCAGGAUUCGAACUCAAGAGCAACUCUCUGGGUUUCCAGCAACUGGCGUUCAGAAGCAUCACUUCCUCUGACGGUGGAGAGCAGAGAAGAGUCAUCCUGGCUAGGAGCCUUCAAAAUGAACAGGAAUUAGCACGAUCCUCUUUUAAAGCUGUCCAAGUUGGUGGCCACAGAAGCAUAGAAUUGUGACGUUGGAAGGGACCCCAUGGGUCAUCUAGUCCAACCCCCUGCAAGGCAGGAAUCUCAGCUGAAGCCUCCAUGACGACAGGUGGCCCUCCAACCUCUGUUGAAAACCUCCAAGGAAGGAGAGGCCACCACCUCUCAAGGGAGCCAAACAGCUCUUGCCGCCAGAAAGCUCUCCUGAUGUUGAAUUGGAAACUCCUUCCUUGAAGCCGUGGCUUCGAGUCCUACCUUCCAGAACAGGAGAAAGCAAGUUUGUUCCCUCUUCCAUGUGACAGCCAUAUUUGAAGAUGGCCCUCAUGUUUCCUCUCAGCCUAAUCUUUUCCAGCUUCAACAUCCCCAGCUCCUUAAAUCUGAGGGCUCCCUUGGACAAAAAAAAAAAACAAGGACCCCAGCCAGGAAUACCAGAGCAAAACAGCAGCCAGUAGGCUUGGUCUUGAUUGAAGACUGUCGCGACAGGACUCCCACCUGCCACCAGGUGGAACAAGAUGGAAGCCCCCAACAAAAGAGAACCCAAACUUUGAUUAGCUGCUAAUCCCCAUGUUACACCCCCCCAAACUACAUCACUAAUACAUCAUGGCUGCAUCAUGAAAGGGGAGGUCUGUGAUUGACUACAUGGAAUUGGCGGAAAUGACUGGCAGAAUCCGAGACCAGGGAGAAGAGUCGGUGAAAGAAGACUGGAAAAAAUUUAAGGACUAUUUACAGAAAUAUUGCAAAAUUAAGGAACUUUAGAAGGAUGUUGGAUAGAAACUAAGAGGUUUUUAGCUGUAAUGCUUUAAGAGACAUGGAAAAAAAAGGUUAACAAUUGGGUAAAAGAUUAAUGGUAAGGAUUUGCUGAACCAACAAAUUGAAUUGGAAUACAAAGAAGGGAGGUAUGAGGAGGUCCGGGAAAUAAGAGUAAGGAAGAUAGGUUAUGGAACAUUAUUGUGUUUUUAACUGUUUUAUUUUGUAUGUUUUUUCUUAUUUUUUACUUUUUUGCUGUAAUUUAUACUUUUUUCUUUGUUUUCUGUAUUUUUGUGAAACUUUAAUAAAUAUCAUUUAAAAAAAAAGAAAAGAAAGGGGAGGUCUGGUGGCAGUAAUCUGAGCAUCCUGGACCCUGCCCCAUGGUUCCCCUUGCCCUCCACCAAACACCCAUCAAGUGUAGCAAAAGAGAUCUUUACAUUUCCCUCUUUCCCAGCCAUGUUCAUCCCACCCUUUUGUCUUCCUCUGGGUUUGUUAUUUCUGGAAGGGCUACCUGUCUGGCACUCAGGUAUCAGGAGGCCAGGGAUUAUCACUCAGGCAGAGGGGCUGCUGAGGAGCUGAGUAACAUGUCUCUGUGAAUUUCUGAAGUUUCCCCAGUGAGCCAGUACAUAGGUACAUUGAUCAGUGAAUUCUUAGAUUUGGUAUCGUGCAGCAGAGGCCCUCUGAAUAGAUAGGAAGAAACUGUGAUGAAGUGUUUUGUGGGGACAAAUCACAAAAGUGAUUGUGCUGGUUUUGGUAGUGGGCUGCAUGUGCGUGAUAUCUGCUGGAGGGGCAACAGCCCCCCCCCAACCUAUACAUAAAUUCCUGCCACAGCUUCCAGACCCUUGAUCCUCUUGGUCGCCCCCCCCCCCCCCCGUUCACAUUCCAGCCCAGAAUUGGACACAGGAUUGUCAGAUGUGGUCUGACCAAGGCAGAAGAGAGCAGGACUGUUACUUCCUUCCCCUUCCCUUCCUCCUGGGGGAGGGAGUUCCACAGAUUAACUCAGCAUUGCGCAAAUAAAUCCACAGAAUCCAAUCCAUGGAAUGUCCACCAGUUACAGAGAGGGGGAGAAAAACUUUCCCCAGACCACUCCCCCUGCAGGGCCUCCGCUGAUGUUGUGGGGGGGGGAGCAGUCUGCCUGGCCAAUGCUCAGGGGGGACAAGAGUUUGCGGGGGCCCCUGCUCCCUCUCAGACUCUUGGAGGGACCCCCACCUUCCAUACCAGAAGCCCCAAAAGGGCAACCAGAAGGGGGUGGGGGGUCCUGGUGGGAGAUCUCCUGGGUGCCCCUCUGCUCAAGAAAGCAGGCGAUAGAGGAGCUGGGGGGGGUCUCCAAGGCCCUUUGGACCCCAUAGGAAUGCUCCUCUCUGUGGGUUUGGUUCCUGCUCAGCUGAAGCCAGGCUCAGUGGGGCAGGUCGCGGGUUCAGUUCCCAGGCAGGGCCAGAAGGUACCCCUGAGGCUGAAACCCUGGAGAGCCACUGCUGCCAGUCAAUGCUGGCUGGACCAAUAAUCCAAGGCAGUUUCUAUGCUGUUUAGCACAUCCCUUUGUCUAGAACCUUGAGGACUAUAAACAUGGCUUUUAAAAAAAAAAAAGUCACAGAGCACUAGCUUUGCAUGCAGACGGUCCUAGGUUCAAGAUACAUUCAGGGAUGGGAGCACCGCCUGCCAGGGACUCUGUUGAGCCAUUGCUGCCAGCCAGUGUAGACAAUACUGAGGUGGAUGGAGCCAUGGUCUGGCUUUGGAGCAAGGCAGCUUCCUCUGUUCCGCCUUCCUCCUCACGCCACCCCUUUCUCCUCCCCCCUCCUGCAGAUCUUCACCCGGUUGGGAAAGUGCUACACCUUCAACUCGGGGGCUCCUGGCCACGAACUCCUCACGACGGUCAAGGGCGGAACGGGCAAUGGUCUGGAACUGAUGCUGAACAUCCAGCAGGAUGAGUACCUGCCUGUCUGGGGAGAAACGGGUGAGUGAGGGGUCGGAGGAAGGCUUGGGGUGGGCACGGGGGUCCUUCUUGGGGAUGGGCCCUGUUUGAUCCCAGGAGACGAUGGAGGUGGAUUGAAGAUUAAGUCUGUCAAUUAAAAUUUAAAUCUCCUGUCCCGCACGUGUCUUAGAAAUAUGAGAGUAAACAGGCUGUGAAGCCCUUUUAGCAAAGAAAAAACACUUAGGCGCUUUGCAGUUUACUGGAAGCUGGGAAUUAGCCAAAUACACCUUUUGGUCCCUGUUUAUUUGUGGUCUGCUGACCUUUCCCCUCUUUGUCCCCAUUGCUACAAAACACACCCUUUUGUAAGAUAAAUGAAAAGGUUUACUUACAUUUCAAUGCAGACAGCAAAUGCAUCAAAACAGUAUGCAAGUAAAAAUACAUCUUAAGUUACAAAAGACAAAACUUGUUUCCAAAAUGGAAUCUGAGGUCUGAGCAAAGCCCAGGCAUGUAUUUCUGCUCAGUUGCUGGCUUCAAAAGGAAGAGAGACACUGCGGCAAGGAGGAAGGAGGAAAAAUGAAAAUUAAGAUGCCACGGGAUGUAGGGGAUAUGACACCACAGAUCUGUCUUCUCUGGGAAUAUGGGAACGCUAAGAGGCAGGGGUCAGCAACCUUUUCAGCUGUGGGCCAGUCCACCAUCCCUCAGACCAUGCGGUGGGCUGGAAUAUAUUUUUUUUAAAAAAUAAUGAAUGAAUUCCUAUGCCCCACAAAUAACCCAGAGGUGCAUUUUAAAUGAAAGGACACAUUCUACUCAUGUAAAAACACGCUGAUUCCCAGACUGUCUGUGGGUCGGACUGAGAAGGCAAUUGGGCCACAUCGGGCCCCCAGGCCUUAGGUUGCCUACCCCUGUCUAAAAGUCUUAACCCUUUCUCAUGAUUAUAGAGCUAACUUAAUUGUCAUUUUGACUGCAGAUCUUCCCACAGGAGAAAUUCCUGGGGACCCCAGAGCCACUGAGAGUUACUCAGGAUCUGCUCCUUCCUGGCUAGGGGGUGAAAUAUGAAAAUUAAUUCUCCAAGGCACAGUUUAUGUUCUUGUAGGGUGUUAAGGCAGAAUACUAUAUAUUUGAUAUUGGUAGGGUCAUUCUCUUUUAUUCCCCUCUCUGACCCUGACCUUAUGACCUCUUAUGACAGGGGGCUCAUCCUGCAGCAGCUGUAUCCCAGGCCUGGCUGAAUUCUCCUCUGCCCCCUCUGUGGGGUUCAGGGGGGUUGGGCUCUCUCAGGCUCCUGAAGCUUCCAGGCUGCCCAGAAGGAGACCCCCUUUCCUUCUUCCUCUUUCUGCUCCUAAACUCCCAUUUCACCUUUAUUAUUGUUACUGUAUAAGAAAAAAUUGGAGGUCGCCUUUUACAGCCCAGCUCCCUACCAAGGGACCCCUUGAGGUCCGCUAUCGGUCAGGGAUACAAAUGGAGGCGACACCAAGGAAGCAAGGCAAGCUGCUGGCCUUUAUUGGUCUGUUGCAAAAGGAGGAGUGGAGCCUUGAACACUGUGCAUUCAGAAAUUAGAAGAGAAAGACCACCCAAGAUCAUCAAAUCAUAGUUGGUCCAACCUCCUGGAAUGCAAGAAUCUUUUGCCCAAUGUGGGUGUUAUGGAAAAAUCUAGGUGUGAGGCUGCUCAGUCCCCCAGCUGGUCCCUGCGGAAUAAAGGAAGGAGUCCAGCCACCAGCCGGGGCAAAUCGCUGUAGACCAAAGUUUAUUGCGCAAUAGGUUCAAAGAGGAAUUUUGAACCCCGAGGAUGGGGUGACAAGGACUUUUAAAACUUUCCCACCAUAUCCCAGAAUACAGUUCGUACAGCAUCAUUGAUACAUCAUUGAUACAUCAGAAAAGGGGAGGGUUAUACAUAGGAGGAAUUUGUUGGGGAUACAGGGUAUGUAUUGGGAAGUACAUUCUAAGCACCUACUACAAAGGGACAAGAGAACUUGGGUUUGCCUAGUCUGUCACCUGGGCAAGUCCGGAGGAGUGCCUUUGCCCAGAGAUUGACACCUUUGAGUACCUUCCUGUGAGUACGCGACCUCCCACUUGAGGGAUUAUGGCGGGGACCGAGUGGCUUCCAAGUCCUUGGCCAAGGAAGCAAAUUGGCGGUAGAAUGAAGGAAACUGGCAAAGGAGUUGAUUUUAUAUGAUUUUUAAAGCUAGGUAACUUCCCUGAGCUGUCGAGUCAAUGGGAUACAUUUAUGAAUAAUAUUUGUAACAUUUAACAACUUUAAAGAUGUGCCCUCCCCCCCAUAAUUUCCAUAAUAGUGGGGCUCAAAUCCAUGACCCUGGAAUUGAGAGUCCUCUCCCAAAAGAUACAAACAUAAAUGGUGGUUAUGUAAAGUGGGUCAUGCUCAGCGUUUCUGCAGAUGCCUGGCCAUACCUGAGAACGACCGGGCUGAGACAUCCUUUUGAACUGGUGAAUGCCUGGUCUCCAGAAUCCAUUGUCACAGAGCUCCCCAUUCACACACAGAAGAUGUCCUGCUGGGCCAUUCAACAGAUACUUGUCAAACAUCAGGAAUUUCCUGCUAGACUUGAGAGGGUCUCCCAGAGGUGAACCACAGCCUGUUUUGUUCAGAAUAUUUGUUUGACGAAGUAUUGUUCAUUGAUAAAUCAGCCCUUCCAUUGAGAGAAAGGGGCAGAUGGAAAGUGAUACUAUUUUUUGUGCCCGUAUCUCCAGGCUGAGAGGAGAAAUGAGAGCCGCCUUCAAAUAUCCCAAGGGCUGUAACAUGGAAGAUGGAGGAAGUUUGUUUUCUCCUGCUCCAGAGGGCAGGACUCGAACCCUUGGCUUCAAGUUGCAAGAAAGGAAAUUCCGACUAAACAUACAGAAAAACUUUGUCAGGCAGAGCUGUUCCACAGUGGAGUGGUCUCCUGAAGGAGGUGGUGGAAUCUCCUUCCUUGGAGGUUUUUAAGGAGAGGUUGGGUGUCCAACUGUCAACGAUGCUUUAGCUGAGAUUCCUGCAUUGCAGGGGGUUGGACUGGAUGACCCUCGGGGUCCCAGCUCUACAAUUCUGUUAUUCUUUGACUUCCUGCUUAGGGCAGAGUUCAGUGGGGCUGGGCAGAUUCUGGUGGAGAAAAGGGUGGGAGACAAGAGGCAGAGGGUCGGGUGGUCUUAGAGAAAGCAGAGCAGGGGUGGCACAGAGCCCAGGGACGGAAGACAAGAAGGAGAUCCUGCUGGAUCCGGCCAAUGGCCCAAUCAGGACCUGAGCCCAAGAGACCUUUCUUCUCCAGUGGUGUCCAGCAAAUGGUACCCAGAGGUGCCUUUGACCAUGGAGGCAGAUCGUAGCCAUGAUGGCUAGUGGCCCUCGAUUGGCUUCUCCUCCUCCUCCAUGACUUUCCCUAAUCCUUUUUUAAUCCAGGUUGUCAGUCAUCAGCGCCUCCUGUGGAAGGGAGUUCCGCACGUUAACUAUUAAAUUUGCUUCCCCACAUCUGCAGAUCUCAGGGUGCUCCAUGUUGUAAACAAUAAAAAUUUGCCCCUUUCCCCUUAUGGGGUGUCCAAGCGCCUGUAUAGAGUCCUUACAUAGGUUCCCUAUUGGUAGGAGAGAAUAACAGAGGCCAACCAGAGAAUAUUGAGAAGCAAAGCAGCUAGUAAGCUUGAUCUUUAUUGAUCUGUUGCAACAGGGUGCUCCCCUCACACACAGGAGAGAGGAGGAACCCAGAACAAUGGCGCGCAAGGCCUUAUAAAGACUUUUGAAAUUGCCACCCUGUAGAUCAAGACCACCCCCCAGAGACAUCAUACUUACAUCACAGAAAGGGUGGUCUACAGCUGAAAUCUGGGUGCGUUGUUUACCUCCUGUCUGGCAGGUUACCUCUUAAUGCUUACUUGAUUGGAUACCCUGGGGAGCCUGGCCAGUCUUUUGUAAUGAAAAAUACUUAGUUCCUGAGCCAGGUCACAGGCUCACCCUAUUCAUACACAGACAUACCCUUAAGACAGGAUUUGUGAAGGAAAAGACAAUGGGGAGGCUUUUCCAUUUUCCUUUGACCUUGCAGAGAAAACAUUUGCUCAGUUUGGGACAGUUUGGGAAUCAAAAAUGGUUCCAGGUCAGUGUUCCUGUGCUGAUCUAUGUACGUGCUUGGAUUUUUUGGAUUUGAUAUCCCGCUUUAUCGCUACCUGAAGGAGUCUCAAAGCGGCUCACAUUCUCCUUUCCCUUCCUCCCCCACAACAAACCCUCUGUGAGGUGAGUGGGGCUGAGAGACUUCAGAGAAGCGUGACUGGCCCAAGGUCACCCAGCAGCUGCAGGUGGAGGAGCGGGGAUUAUGAGUCUACUGCUCUUAACCACUACACCACACUGGCUCUUAUACACCACACUGUUUGGUACACUUAUGAACAUUUAACAUAUAUCUAAGACCUCAAAAUUCCUAUCACACAUUCACAUGACAAUGUGCUUCCCUCCAUCUCAUUUGCCCGUCUGCUUCCUUCCACACCCAGCAGCACCACACUCAGGAUCCGGCCCAUUCCUUCUCCCCAAUGCGCUUGUGUUUAUGUUGCAGAUGAGACCUCCUACGAAGCUGGGGUGAAGGUGCAGAUCCACAGCCAGAAUGAGCCCCCUUCCAUUGACCAGCUGGGCUUUGGCGUGGCUCCUGGCUUCCAGACCUUCGUCUCGUGCCAGCAGCAAAGGGUAUGUGCCCCUCUUGUGGGCCAGGCUUUCUGGGCAGCGCGAUCCCCCUGCCCACUCCCAGGGCCGGCUUCCUGGCUCUCAGCCUUUCCUGCUAUCUUCUAUGGGAUUUCUCUAGGAAACAGUACAUCUGUGGGGCAGAGAGGGGGGCUUGGUCUUGGGGUGACAAUGGACACCAGAGGUCCUGAGAGGGGUCAGCCAACCCCCCUCUUCCCCCCUUCCUCCGCAGCUCUUCUACCUCCCCCCGCCGUGGGGUGACUGCAAAUCGAACCCCGUGGAGUCGGCCUUCUUUGCCAACUACAGCAUGGCUGCCUGCCGGAUCGACUGCGAGACGCGCUACCUGGCGGAGAACUGCAAUUGCCGCAUGGUGCACAUGCCAGGUCGGGGCAGGGGGAUGGGCUCAGAGCGGGGGGCAGGGAGACGGGCGUCAAAUCUGGGCUGCUGGAGACGUGGGAGGCUGUGGCCCUGGGCAGGCUCCUGGGGUCCGCAUACUCGGGUUGACCUCUCAUUGCAUGAUCGUUCUGGCAUCUCCAAGAAUUGGAGAGCUGGAAGGGACCCCCAAAGGGCAUCUAGGGCAGCCCCCUACAAUGCGGGAAUCACAGCUAAGGAACCCCAGACCUCCAUUUAGAAACCUCUAAUGAAUUGUAAACUGGUAGAAUUGGAAGAGACCCCAAACAUCAUCGAGUCAAAUUCCCUGCAAUGGGACACACACCCCAUUGGCCCUGGCAAUGCCUGCUGCACUUUGGGGGAUGGCAGUGAGUCAAGGGGACCCUCCCAAAGGCCCUUGGCAUUGAUUGGGCCAGGUGCCCACCCUACAGGGCACCUCGAAUGACCAGCACCCUCACAGGGAGAUGCAGGAAAGUGGGUGCUCUGCUGCCCCCCGUGCCUCCGUUGCCUCAACCGCUGUUCCUCGUGCCCAGGUAACGCCAACCUCUGCACCCCAGAGCAGUACAAGGAGUGUGCCGACCCGGCCCUGGGUAAGCAUGGACCCCCCUCUGGACCCCUGGGUUGGGUGGAGGGUGGAGAGAGAUUCCUGUCCCUCUCUGGCCAGCCCUGACCUGCCCCCCUGCCCCCCAGACUUCCUGGUGGAGAAGGACAACGAGUUCUGCUCCUGCCAGACCCCCUGCGAGACGGUGCGCUAUGGCAAGGAGCUCUCCGUGGUCAAGAUCCCCAGCAAGGCCUCCGCCAAGUACCUGGCCAAGAAGUACAACCGCAGCGAGCAGUACAUCGCGUGAGUAGAUGCCCCCUCUACGGCUGGCACCCUCCGGAAAGAUGCCCCCGGCUGCACCAGCCCCCUUCUUUCUUUAUUUUGGAACUUUGUUGAAAGAUUUUCAUUUAUAAAUGUGGUAUUCAUUAUUAUUAUUAUUAUUAAUUGGAUUUAUAUACCGUCCUAUACCCGGGGGUCUCAGGAUGGUUCACAUUAAAAAAUCACAGUAUAUAAAAUAAAAAUAAAAGCAAUAAACCAAUAAUACCCCCCCCAAAAGCCACAUUUUAAAAGAGUAUGGGAUGUUGAUGAGAUCAACCAAAGGCCUCGCUAAAAAGGAACAUAAGUGAUAUUAUCCUAAUCUAUAAAGGUAAAGGUAAAGGGACCCCUGACUGUUGGGUCCAGUCAUGGCUGACUCUGGGGUUGCGGUGCUCAUCUCGCUUUACUGGCCGAGGGAGCCGGCGUACAGCUUCCGGGUCAUGUGGCCAGCAGGACUAAGCCGCUUCUGGAGAAUCAGAGUAGCGCACAGAAAUGCUGUUUACCUUCCCGCCAGUGCGGUACCUAUUUAUCUACUUGCACUUUGACGUGCUUUCAAACUGCUAGGUUGGCAGGAGCAGGGACCGAGCAACAGGAGCUCACCCCGUCGCGGGGAUUUGAACCGCCGACCUUCUGAUCGGCAAGUCCUAGGCUCUGUGGUUUAACCCACAGCGCCACCUGCGUCCCUUUUAUCCUAAUCUAUAUAUGGUUGCUAAUAAUCCCCUCCAUUCCACACCAACUCGUUCCAAAUAUCAAUAUAUUUGUCCAAAGUCUAUGCCUAUAGAGGAUUUAUCCUUAUGACAUCUCCAGCAAAGAGCUGCUUUAGCUGGUUGGGUUAUUUUGGUAUAAAUGUAAAUUCAGAUACAUCAAAACCUCUGGCAUUAAGGCUCAAACGCUCUCCCACAGUCUGGGCAAUAUGGACAUUUCCAGUUCCACGCAACCCGUCCCCUAAUGAACGGCCCCCAAAUGGGGACCCCAUGGGCAGGGGCAGUCUACCCCGAUGGCAUCCCCUCCCAGCCCUGCCUGAGUGCUUCCCCAGGGCUUUGGGGAGGGGUGCGCUCCAUGGAGGCUGGCCAAGCCCAGGGCUCCCCCCUGCCUGCGUCUCCUGACCCCCCCAUCUGGUCUCAGGGAGAAUCUUUUGGUGCUGGACAUCUUCUUCGAAGCGCUGAACUACGAGACCAUCGAGCAGAAGAAGGCCUACGAAGUGGCUGGGCUGCUGGGUGAGUGAGGGGCCCCAGGGAGGGAGGGGGGAGGAAUUAGGGGUGGGGGGUCCAGGCAGAGUGACCUCUCUUUCUUUGCCCCCCCCAGGGGACAUUGGGGGCCAGAUGGGCCUCUUCAUUGGCGCCAGCCUCCUCACCAUCCUGGAGAUCUUCGACUACCUGUAUGAGGUGAGUGGUGGCCGGGGGGGGGGCAGGGGGAAGCUGGGAUGGAGAGGCCGGGGUGGGUACAGGUCUGGAAGCCUCAUUGUCAUGGGAAGGCACUCUGCGGCUGCUCAGGAGCAUUUGGAUUAAAUCGUGCAGAGUUUGUGGCUGGAGAAAAGGCCACACAGGAUAGAAGUUUGUAAAGUUAUGCAUUCUGGACAGAGAUUUUUCUCUCUCGCUAGAAUGCAAGGACAGUGAAGCUGAGUGUCAGGAGGUUUAGGACAGAUUAAAGGGACGCGGGUGGCGCUGUGGGUUAAACCACAGAGCCUAGGGCUUGCUGAUCAGAAGGUUGGCGGUUCAAAUCCCUGCAACGGGGUGAGCUCCCGUUGCUGGGUCCCUGCUCCUGCCAACCUAGCAGUUCAAAAGCCCGUCAAAGUGCAAGUAGAUAAAUAGGUACUGCUCUGGUGGGAAGGUAAAUGGCAUUGCUCUGGUUCGCCACAAGCGGCUUAGUCCUGCUGCCCACAUGAUCCGGAAGCUGUACGCCGGCUCCCUCAGCCAAUAAAGCGAGAUGAGCGCCGCAACCCCAGAGUCGUCCACGACUGGACCUAAUGGUCAGGGGUCCCUUUACCUUUAAAGGGAAGUUAAACUGUGGAACUCCCUUCCACAGGAGGCCAUGGAGGGCUUUAGAAGAGGAUCAGACAAAGGCAUGGAGGGGGAGAGGGUCGUUGAUGGCCCCUGGCCAGGAUGGCUCUGCGCUGUCUCCACAGUCGGAGGCAGGAGAUGCUUCCAAGGCCCAGGAGGGGAGAGCUGAGCUUGUGUUCGAAUCUUGCUUGCUGGUCCCCCAUAAUGGGCACCUGGUUGGCCAUUGAGGACAGGAGGCUGGACCAGGUGAGCCAUUGGCCGGAUCCAGCAAGCUCUUCUUAGGUUCUCACCCCCCCUCCAGCCAGCCAGGGACCCCCACUCUCUGCCUCUCUCCCCCCACCCCUCUGCUGCCUGGCAGGUGUUGCGGGACAAACUUCUCAGCUACUACCAGGCGAGGAAGCAGGUGGAUCGCAGCAACAGCGACAACCUGGUAAAGUGGCACCCCCCUGCUCCCCCCCAGGUCCCAGGGGCUCAGGCUCUUGUGAACCAAGACUGCCUAAAGACCCCCCAACACACACAUCUCUCCCUUGGAGAGCCCCAGGGGGGGUGGGGGUGGCUGGGGAGGGGGCGGCCUGAGGGGUAAAAUCAUUUCCCCCCCAUCCGCGUCUUUCCCAAACGGGGAGGGGGACUGGGGGGAUGGGCCUUUUUGGUAUGGUGCAUGCCCCACAUCCAAAUGUGGAGAGCUGGGGUUUUGUUGGUGGGAUGGAAAAGCUCUCUGCGCAUGCCCAGGGACCCCUUCCCCUCUCCACCGGCUUCAUCUUCUACCCCCCCCCCAUUGGGACCAUUUGCCUUGAGUGUUGCUUCACAUUGUUGUUUCUGCCCCCCUCUCUUUGUGCCUCCCCACCCUGACUCAUCAUCUCCCUCCCCCCUUUCCACUUGGCAUCUCACCUGCGCCAGGAGCACACGGACCUCCCCCGCAGCCCAGGCACCCCGCUGCCUCCUCGCCCUCUCAGGUAGAGGAUCCCUUGCAGAGGCCCGCUGCUGAAUCGCCCACCCCCCGGCUCUCCUGGCAGCCAGGAGCUCUUGGGUCAUUGGACUGGCCUGCUCCGCAGGGGGGUCAAGGCGCUGCUGCUGCUUCAGGGAGCCAGGAGAGGCUGCAGCCAGAACAUGGCCAGGGGGUGCUUCUGAAUACCAGAUGCAGGAAACUGGGGGGAGAAUGGAUCUUGUGUUCGAAUCUUGCUUUUGGAUUGCCCAUGAUGGGCAUCUGGUUGGCUGCUGCCAGGAGAGGGUGCCGGGCCAGAGGAGCCACGGGCCUGAUCCAUCUCCAGGGCUCUCCUUCCUCCUCCUCCUCCUCCCUGCCCCCCCAACAGUGGUGCUGCAUUAACCGCAGACUCCCCAAAGGGGCCACUGAGUCACACACACACACAUUUCCCUGGGUCUGUUAGUCAUUGUAGGACUCCCCCUGCCCCAAAGUGCAGAUUUGGCCAAAGGAGUUUUAGCAAGAGCCUCUUGGAUGACAGAAGCUGCUCAGAGCACUUGUAGGGCAUGGGUUUUAUUUGGGGGGUGUCCCUCCAUCUGGACCUGCAACUGAAAAGGCUCCCACCCAAGCCUCAACCCCUUUCUCGGUCUACAGGCAAGCUGCCUCUGGGGGGGGGGUGUGAUCUCCCCCCUGCCCUAGGAGCCAGGAAAGAAAAAUUGCAGCCUUGGCCGUUCUGGGCCUGGCCAGGAAAUGGUUACCUGGGGGUGGUCCAUCAUCCCAGCCCCCCAUUGCCAGCCCCCUUUUCCCUAUGGGGGGGGUUCAGCCUCCAUCUCCAUCUCACCUGCAUGGGCGUUUCAUGGGGGGGGGCUUCCAUUGCAUCCCUCCACGACACCCCAAAGCGGGCUCUGGAAGCAGCUCAGCUCCCUGCCUUGGGGGUGGGGGAUGAUGACAACGGUAGCCUUGCCCCCCAGCUGCCGCUCACUGACCCCCCCAUCUCUCUGCCCCCCCCAGAGCACCUGCCACACGCUGUGCAGUCACUCGGACAGUGUUGGAUACACCCCGAACAUGCUACCUCGUCACCCGACUCUAGGCAACUUUGAAGAAUUCGCCUGCUGAAGGAAGGGGACCCCCCCCCCCCAAAGAAACCUGCGCCUCCUUCUCUCUCCUCUGCUCCCGGUGAAGAGGACCAGGUGCCUCCUCCUACAGGACUCAGCGCAAUGCAGGGAGGGGGGCAGCCUGGAAUUUUCCGGUGGGGGGGCACCCCCCGACAACGCACAUGCCUUUUCCUCCUCCUCCCUUUCUGCACAGAGGAGACCAAGAGGACGGCAGCCAGAGGGAACCUGCUCUCCCCCCCCCACAUCCUCCCCCCACCCCAAAUAGAAGGGCUUGACCCAGGCGGGUGGGGUGGGGGGUCUCUUCCGGCCUGGGACUGGGGGGGCGAAACGAUGCGAAGUGGCAUUAAAAGAAUCCCGGAUUGGACGCUCUGCAAAAUGUGGUUAUUUGUAGGGGGGGCCCUACGGUCAGUCCCUCCACCCCCAAUUCAGGGAGGGGGGCCUUGCGGAAAAGACCCUGUG